CCUCGGCGGGGCGGCGCGGCGCGGCGCUGCGGGGGGACUGGUUCCACGUCCGCUGUUUUGCGCCAGAGCCCUCCCGGGGCCUGGCUCAGGGAGUCCCCCGCAGCCCUGCGCGGAUCGGUCCCGGGGGCGUCUCUGGGCGCAGCCCCCCUGCCCGGAUCCUUCCAGGGCGAGCCAGCCGGAGCGAGGCGAGCGGGAGGAAGCUGGAUCCGGAGAAAGGGCCCCGGUCCCCGCGGGGUGUCCCUGGGUCACGCGUAGUUGGUCGCCUCUUUACAUUUGUCAAAUGCCUCUAAAAGAGAGCGGGGGGUGUGUGUGUGUGUGUAGAUGGACCGAAUGUCAAAGGCCGCUAUUUUGAUAAAUGGAUGCGGAUGAAGAUGUCUCAUUUUUCUUGUGAAGAUGAAGCUCUGUUACAGUCUAUGCUCAGACAAUUACUUCAGAGUGUGAAGGAAAAAAUCACAGGAGCACCAUCAGUAGAAUGUGCAGAAGAAAUUCUUUUACAUUUGGAAGAAACAGAUGAAAAUUUUCACAACUAUGAGUUUGUGAAAUACCUUCGACAAUACAUUCGUACCACUCUGGGCUCUGUGAUUGAAGAAGAAACAGAAAAAUGUACCUCUGCUCAAAAUCAGGGUGAAGGAUCUGGUUAUGACACUCUUGCCCAACAUGUUACUAAGAAGACUCGCGAAUCAAAAGAGUAUAGAGAAAUGAUGCAUUCCUUGAAGAAUGUCAUGAUGGUAGUGGUGGAAUCUCUGAUUAACAAAUUUGAAGAAGAUCAGAUGCGUAAUAAGGAAAUGCAGAGGAAAACGAAGAAAGAGCAACGUAGUGCUUACUAUACAGACAAUUGCUCUGAUAGUGAUUCAUCUUUCAAUCAGAGUUAUACAUUCAUGAAUCAAGAACAAUUACAGCUACUUGUGGAAAGGCUUGAUCCUGCUCAUCCUAAGGAAGUGCGUCAGGAAGCAAUACAGACAUUGUGCUCUGCGCCUCCCUCUGAUGUACUAAAUUGUGAGAGUUGGCCUCAUUUGCGUACAUAUCUUAUGAUGUUUCUCUCAGAUCCUGAUUCCACAUUUAGUGACAAAAUAUUGAGAUUCUAUGCAAAGAUCUUUUCCUCUUCUCCACUAAAUAUGACAAGGGACAUUUAUACAAGUUUAGCAAAACAUUUAGAAUUGUACUUUCUUUCUGGAGAAAAUUGUAUUCCUGCCGUUUCAGAUGGUGUAGACAUAACUAACCCAGAAAUAAUUCGUUUACUUAAAAAGGUGCGUCUUCUAAAUGAGUACCAAAGAGAGGUUCCCUCUUUCUGGAUUCGUCAUCCAGAAAAGUAUAUGGAAGAAAUAGUUGAGAGUACCUUAUUGUUGUUCUCAGUAAAACGUGAGCAAAGACAACAUGUGUCUCCAAAGCUUUUGGAUCCAAUAUACUUCUUAGCUCUACUUGAUGUCAAAGCUGUGUGGUUCAAAAAAUGGAUGCAUGCAAAUUAUAGCAGAACCGUGGUGCUAAGGCUCCUUGAAAAAAAAUAUAAAUCGCUGAUUACUGCAUCUGUUCAACAGUGUGUUUACUACUUUGAAUCAUGUAAAUCAGCAGUUGAUACAACUUCUAGAGUUAAAGUUUUGCCCCAACAAUACAGCAGCAGUAACCAGAAGACUUUCUACACGGGAGAAGAGUUACAGUAUAUCUAUUUUGUUCAUUCACUGUGCCUUUUAGGAAGAUUGUUGAUAUAUAAACAAGGCAGAAACCUAUUUCCUACACAGCUGGAAAAUAGAAAAGAUUUCAUAUCCCUAACCGACCUGUUGGUACUAUUUAUUCGGUUUAUUUAUUGCGCUCCCACUUGCCCAAAGAAAACUCUGACAGUGCACACAGGUAAUUAUUCUCCAUCAGUCUUAGUUACAGAGGUGCUACAGAUUCUGUGUGACCGAACCGAAUGUACUACUGAAUUUUUAUAUACUAAUAAAGUGAUAGAUGUGCUUCUUCAUCCCAUUCGUAAUUUACUGAAUGGAACAGAGGUAUAUAUAAAUUGCCCUGAAACCGCUUUAAUACAAAUAGCAGAUAUUUUGGCAAGGAUUGCUGCUGUAGAAGAUGGUCUUUCUCUUCUCCUUUAUGGAAGAAACAUGAAUUCUGCCAAAAAGGACAGAGCUGGGGCGUCUUCUAUUGAAGAGAGAACUGAGGAAUCCAACUGUUCACAUGCACUGUUGAGACACAACUGGUGCAUGAGUCUUACAGCAGCUCAUACAAUUUUUCAAUUCACAAAGAAACUCCUUGAGGAAAAUAUUUCUGUUUUGUCCGGAACUGAGAUGUUGCCAGCCCUUAAAGGAGCUUUCAUUUUUGUGUGUCGUCAGAUGUAUGGUACCUGUGAAGGUCUGCAGGUGCUUAUUCCUUAUGGUUUGCAUGAAUCCAUUGCUGAGGCUUGGAAGAAGGCUAGUGUGCUUUCAGAAAGAAUUCCUACUCCUGUACCUGGGACAGAUUCCAUUUCAUCAGGAAAUCAAGAGCCACAAAACAUUAUGGUAUGGGAAGAGACUUUAUUAGAUGAUUUAUUACACUUUGCUGCUACUCCAAAAGGACUACUACUGCUUCAGAAUACAGGAACCCUCAAUGAAUGUGUAACUUUUAUGUUCAGCAAAUUCUCAAAAAAAAUUCAGGUGAGUGGAUGUGAAAGGUUUGGUUAUGGAGUGAUGGUUACACAAAUGGCAGCAACAUCUCCAGGGGCAGUAGCUCUGCAGCAUUCAGGGUUUAUAAAAGCACUUAUAACUGAAUUAUGGGCUGUUCUGGAGUGUGGAAGAGAUGAACUUAGAGUAACUCAUCCCAGUUCUACUCCAGUAGAUCCUAUUGACCGAAGCUGUCAGAAGUCUUUUCUAGUGCUGGUAAAUUUGCUAUCCUAUCCUGCUAUUUAUGAGCUGAUAGGUAAUCAGAAGUUACUAAAUAAACCAGAAUAUUCUCUCCGUGAAGUUCCUACAAAUGUUAUUGAUGUAAUUGACAGACUUAUAAUUUUGAAUUCAGAAGCUAAAAUUCACUCUUUAUUCAAUUAUGAACAAUCUCACAUCUUUGGUCUGAGGCUGUUAAGUGUGCUGUGCUGUGAUCUAGAUACACUUAUACUUUUGGAGUCUCAAUAUAAAGUAUCACAAGUACUUCUAAAUGCCCAGAAGGAGAACAUUGUAGAAACUUCUGAAGGACCUGGAAAUUUUAUAAUUGAUGGACUAUCGGUAGAGAGAAACCAUGUUCUUGUUAGGAUAAAUCUUUUGGGAGGACCAAUGGAACGGAUUUUGCCUCAAAGAGUACUAAAUAAGGGCACUGAUCCAUAUCCCUGGCCAAUGUUUUCAUCGUACCCCUUGCCAAGGUGCUAUCUUUCAGAAGCUACUAGGAAAACUGAUGUUAGACAAGAUGGUGAUCUCAACAAGCUGUUAGCAUUCUUAAAAAAUCCAGAUAAACAGUUAGUGUGGAUUGAAAACUGUAGAAGACAGUUUUGCAAAAUCAUAAAAGCCAAGCCUGAUGUCAUCAGUGGAAUCAUUUUGGCAGAAAUAAUUGAAAAGUUUGUGUUGCAUCUUUCUGAAAACCCAUCAGAAUGUUACUUCAGUACUGGAGAAUAUGAAGCUGCUGAUGUAAAUGUGAAGAAUGAAAGCCUUUCAUCUGUGCAGCAGCUUGGAAUUAAAAUGACAGUCAGGUAUGGUAAAUAUUUAAAUUUGCUGAAAGAUGAUGCGGAAAAUGAUCUGUGCCUGGUGUUAAAGCACUGUGACAAAUUUCUGAAACAGCAGCAAACAUCUGUGAAGUCCUCACUUCGUUGUCUGCAGCAAGGUUAUGCUGGCUAUGACUGGUUUGCAUCUUCUGUAUUUCUGAUAAUGUCAGGAGACAGAUUAAAAACAUUAACAUUUCUUCAGCAAUUUUCCAGUCUUCUCAUCUCCGCAUUUCUCUGGCUGCCAAGACUGCAUGUUUCUGUACACCUACCUACUGACACAGCAGAAUCUGGCAUUCAUCCAGUCUAUUUUUGCAGUGCUCACUACAUUGAGAUGUUGCUGAAGGCUGAGUUGCCACUUGUCUUUUCAGCUUUCCAUAUGUCUGGUUUCACGCCAUCACAGAUUUGUCAACAGUGGCUAGCUCAGUGUUUCUGGAAUUACUUGGACUGGAGUGAGAUCUGCCACUACAUUGCUACAUGUAUUUUCUUUGGUCCUGAUUAUCAGAUCUAUAUGUGUAUAUCUGUAUUCAAACAUCUACAGCAAGAUAUUCUGCAGCACACACAGACCCAAGAUCUACAGGUUUUUCUCAAAGAAGAAGCACUCCAUAGAUUUCGAGUGAGUGAUUAUUUAGAAUACAUGGAAAGCUUGGAGCCAACCUACAGGCCAGUGCUGCUGAGAGACAUGAGUAAUAUUAGAAUGCAGAGCACAUAGCUCAAGGAAACAAGCAUUUCAUAUUCCAGUUUUAGUUAAGUUCUGAAAGGGAAGGCUGAUUGUUUUAUAUCCGUUUCCAUGAAAAUUCAUGCCUUGGAAAUAUACAUAUGUUAAAAUCAAUAAUAAAGGUUUUCAGAAUAUAGGUUUUUCAAGAGAACACCAGCUGAAUUGGGUCAAGUGAAAAAAUAAUACAUUUUUCCAGCAAUACUCUGUGUAUAGCUUUACUUUUAUUUGGCAGAUUGCUUCAGAAUCUGCCUAUAGCUUACUUAGGGGUCUUGUUUGUUUCUCUGGAAGCUGUUCCCAGACUAAUACAUUUUGGUCAUCUCCUACUCACACCAUCUUACCAAAAACUUUAAAAUUCUGCAUAGUUCUGGCAAUAAGAAGCAACACUAAGCAUAAUCACUUGGGUAUCCUGUAUUUAUGUGAAUGGGGAUGAGCAAAAGCAGAGCAGUUUUCCUGUAUGCAGCUGAUUUGACCUUGUAGUUUGUCUGGGAAAGAAUAGUUAAAACCAAAUGAAGCAAAGGACUAGUAUUUUUAAAAUCUUUCUAUUCCAUUCAUAUAUCAUAAUAUAUUAAGUUAUAUUCUCAGAAUGGAUAAAUGGAAAGUCAGACUGCUAAAAUAUUCAAUAUUCAGCACAGUCAUGUUAUUGAUUGGCUUGAUUUGUACAUAUUACAAUAUAUAAAAACCUGGCACCAGUAAAAGCAAGGUAAUUCUGAGGUAAAUAAAUGAACAAUGAGGAUUAUUCUUCUCUCUGAUCUGGAGUCAACAGAAAGCCUGUCAAAGAAAAUGAGUGUGCCAUCAAUUCUGGAAAUUAGUGAUGCAUUCAUGUUUUAUACAAUGAUUGAUAACAGAAUUCUGAAAUGUGUAUUUUGGUGUGUAUAAAUCUUGGUUUCUGAAAUAUAAUAUAUAUCUGAACAAUUUUGUUAUGUAGCAGUCAUACAAGAAAUGGCAACUAAUCUAAAAUAUAUUGUGCAAAACAAAUGUUCAUUAGGAUUGAUUUACUUUGUUUUAUCUUUUCUGUUCAUUCUGACUUCAGGUAUUGACCUAAAAAUUGGAGUAUAGAAAAAUAAUUGCAUUACAAUGUUACCUGUAGUUCUGUUGUUAUAAUAGCAUUGCAAGUCUAUAAAAGAAAAUUCAAUGGCUUAGCUUGACAUACUGUAAUUUUUACCCCAGCUGAUAAGAAUUUAACAAAGGAGUCCUAAAAUAAUACUAAAAGCACUAGAAUUACUUUAAAAUUACAUUUUCCAAACUUGUUUCCCAAUGUGUAUAAGUUUAUGGUUCCCUUUUCCCCCCAUUAUACUGGUAAGUUAUUGUGUUUGGUGUAGAGGAUCUUGCGUGGUACUUGUUUUAAAAAGCUGCAUAGUAAUAACAGGAAGAUCAGAAUAGAAAAAGGAGCUAUAAAUUAAUUUUGAAAUGUUCUCUCCCUCUCUCUUGAUUGGGAUCUGAAGAAAGACGAAGCAGGGAACAAUUACACUGUAGAAAUCUCAAUUCAGCUUAUGCUCAGAGGCCAAAUUUUAUGCCAUCAGAGAAAAUUUUAAACAAUAGUUGUAAACUGUGCCAACUACUGAGAGUCUUUCAUCUUAAUUUUGUACUAUAUACAUACUCUGAUUUUAACAACCAAAUCAAGAAAAAAAUGAAUGUCCAAUAGUUUCUUGGAUUUCUAAGAUUAAAAUACUAAACUACCUUGUCGUUAUUAAUGUUACUGAAGCUGUAAUAUAUCAUAUUAAAAUCUCUCAAAUUUAAAAAGGUUGCAGUGCUAAAGAGCAAAGAAAGCAAAAGUAAAACAGUUGUGCUUUCCCUGGAACAGCAAAGGAAUUAAAUCUUCAAUCCUUAUGUGCUGCUAAAAGCCCAAAGGCUCUCAUAGCUGGGAUGCUGCUCCAGGUAUCAAAGAGAGGAGACAAAGCAGAACACUGUUUAAGUGCCCCAUUGAAUUUAGGAUAAACAGAUUUGUUCUCUGUGUAGUCUCACUAGCAACAGCCAUUGCUUUCCACCCUUUCUGAAACUGUGUGGGUUACUCAUGUGUUCACAUGAGGAUAUAAUGUCUCCUUUGGCUGGUUCUUCAUUGUCUUCCCACUAACGUAUUAGAAAGAUGGUAUUUUGGCUACAUCUUACCCUAGGUUUCUAGGACAAGAUUGGGUGUUAAUGGGGGUUUUUUUGUUUGUUUGUUUUUUGUUUUGUUAGUGCCUGUACGGGAGAUCUACUCCAGUCAAUAUUUGCCAACUUCUAUUAUACAGUGAAAUCUAAGAGAAGAGUUUCCCCUUUACUUAGAACAGGAAAUAACCAUGGAGCAAGCUAGCAAAUGUUGACUUGUCAAAGGCUAAGUAAGAGGGUAUGCAUGCCUGUGCUUGCAUACGCAGAACAUAACCUCCAAUGAGAACUUUAUUUAUGUACAUCAAUAGAACAAGGCAGAUAUCAAACCUAUAUUGUUUUAUCUCAUUCAAAUUCAGAAAUGUAAAUUUAAUGUACCAAUUUAUUUUUUUUAUUAUUUUAUUCCGGAUUCAAUCAUUUGUGUCUUGUUCAGGUUUUCCCUCCCCAACAGACAACUUAAUCUUACAACAAUGGAUACUGUACUGACCUGUUCCCCCCAAAAAACUGUUCCCAGCUUUAGCAGCGUGAGGGCUCUUGACAUUUGUGAUCUCAGCCAUAGCUAUUUAUUUGUAUGUUGUCAUUCUGAGUGUUUGUAUAUGCUUUCUUUUUUUCAUUAAAAAUAUGUCCCUGAGACAAUAAGGAGACAAUAAUUUUGAUUUAAUUGUUUUGUUGUAGACUAUCUAUGGAGUAAAUGUAGAAUGGUUAUUGUUUAAUUUUUUAAAAGAAUAAUUAAGACAAAUACGUAAUGUGAAAUGUUGAAAGAUGAUUUGGAGUAUAAUCACUUCUUUAAAUCCAGCAAGUCACAAGGAUUCAGGCUUGAGAAAAUGACCCCUUGCCCUUUACCAAGUCUGUGCUUCAGUAGAUGGGAAGUCAGUCUGCAGCUGACUUUUCUGGGCUGGGGUUAUGAUCAUAUUUUCAUUUAGAGGGACUUUACACCCCAGUUUUCCCCUUAAGUAAGAAUCAGCAUCACCCUCCAUCUCUUCUUCAAGAGGUGCUUGCGAACAGGUGAGUGCUAGCAGGGAGUUUAGAGAGGGAGUUCUCCAGGUAAAGGAGAAGCAGAUACAGGACUCUUG